GCAACAGGAAAACGGAUGAACAGCGGCGUGGGGGAAAAAAAAACUGCUAAAGCGGAUUUGUGGCAUUAUCUUUUCAUCUUUGUGUUAUUGGCGGAAAUUUUGAGUCAUUCAAGCGGAAACAUCACCAUCUGCUUACAGGUUUAUCUGCUUUUAUUAUGAGCAUGAGCGACGCAUCUCGUGGCAGUUCUCGUUCUCUUUAGAUCUUCGCUCGUGCGCCGAGCAUACAUUAUCGGGGAUUCGACAGCGCAUCUCGCUUCCCAUGAAGCGUUAGAUCUGAUGGGAGGCAUACCGGAUACAUUAUUAAUACCCAGACUGUACUGAACAGCUUAAAAUGCGUCUUGUCGGUUUUACCAUGGACCUUCCCAUUUUUGCAAUGUGAUCUUGGUGGUCUAGGCUAUUUCUUUGAAAGCGGAGGAGGGAAAUUAGACGGGUUUUUCUUAACGAACGCUCCGGAAUCACGCUCCCAUCAACUGAACAAUUUCAUGUUCGUGUGUAUUGUAAGGCAACGUUAGAAAUACAAUAAUUAGUGUCUAAGUAAUAGAAUCGAAGGAGGUCAGCGCUCACCUUUGCGUAACUGAUCGAAUCUUUGUCAUCAUUUGUCUUCAGCCUCUGGAUACGCGGCAGAAGCGCAUUUGAGGGAACAAGUGGGGCAGAUAGGUGGAGAUAGAGACGGGGAUACGAGAAAACAUCCGAGAGGAGAGUAGGCACAUUGGGAAAGCGAGAGAGAGAAAAUGCUGCCUUCGCAAGAAGCCUCCAAGAUUUAUCAUGACAACUACAUGCGGAACUCGCGGGCCAUCGGCGUACUGUGGGCUAUCUUCACCAUCUGUUUCGCCAUCAUCAAUGUGGUGGUCUUCAUCCAGCCCUACUGGAUCGGGGACAGCGUCAACACACCACACGCCGGCUACUUCGGCUUGUUCCACUACUGUGUGGGCGAGGGCAACUCAAAUCGGGAGCUGACAUGCCAGGGAACAUUCGCUGACUUCAGCUCCAUCCCGUCGGGUGCGUUCAAGGCGGCCUCCUUCUUCGUGUUGCUCUCCAUGGUACUCAUUCUGAGCUGCAUCGCCUGCAUGGCGCUCUUUUUCUUCUGCAACACCGCCACCGUCUACAAGACCUGCGCCUGGAUGCAGCUGCUUUGCGCUGUGUGCCUGGUGUUGGGCUGUAUGAUUUUUCCAGAUGGCUGGGAUGCAGAGGUGAUCCGGGACAUGUGUGGAGAGGACACGGGGAAGUACACACUGGGGAACUGCUCGGUGCGCUGGGCCUACAUCCUGGCCAUCAUCGGCAUCCUGGAUGCACUCAUCCUCUCCUUCCUCGCUUUUGUCCUUGGAAACCGCCAGAGCGACUUUCUGCAAGACGAAGUCAAGGCUGACAAUAAAGACUUUCCAGUAUCCAGGAUUGAGAUCCAUGACACAAAGGAUCCCCGUUUCAGAGUCCAGCGGUUCCACUGAAGAGAUGCCACCUCCUCCUCCACCUCUCCCCUUCUUCUGUCCUCCUGUCCCUCCUCCUCUCAGGUCUGCGUCUCUGACCUCAGUUAGGAAGCUGCUAGCUCAGCUCUUUGUAAUAUAGGACUAGCCGGCAGCACACUUCAAGAAGAGAUUUGACACUCAGACACACGUUCAAAGAGAAUUCAAAAUCAAGACAAAAAAAAAAUAAAUCAGCUUUACAAAAACCAACAACUCUGGGAAAGUGAUUAAACUUACACAGUAUUAUUAUGAUUAUGAUUAUUAUAUAUUAUUACUAUGACAACAAUAUUACAGUGAAGAUUAUGCUUGCAACAGCAGCAUCAUGUUCAAAUUUACAUAUUUUAUCUAAAAUGGGAAAAGUAAUCAUUUCUAGCUUUAAGAAAUUACAUUGUAAUGAAUCAAUGCAUAUGUAGAAGUGCUUGGGUGCUACUGGAGACACAGAUGAAGGAAAAAAAAAAAAAUCAAGCCAAAAAUCAAAUAAAAUUAAAAAAGGAGAAUUUUUUUGUACAGCACAAAGUGUAAUUCUGAAGACUGUCUUUUUUUCUGGAAGAUUUUGAACUCCCUUCUUUGUACAUGUGGUCAGCAACAAGAGACUAGUAUGGAAAAGAAGUAGUUUGUUUGUAAAUAAUAGAUUUCUAUGGAGACAGGGUACAGACAUGACAUGUUUAUCUACCCAAACUAUGUUCCUUCUACACCCUGGAGUGGAUUACAGUGCAUCAUCUUUAUCUCUUGAUCAGACCUGAAGUACCAGUUCUCAGAGCUUAUAGCUACACAACAUGAGGCAGCCUGUGUUCAAGCUGGUUAAACCCCCAUAAAACUUUUAUUUUGGCAUGGAACUUUCCUUUUACAGAGCUACGUUUCUUUUUUUAUUUUUAAUUUAACCUUUCUGAAGAACAGUGGGGGAGAUGAUGUUAUAAACAAUGACAUUUUAAUAAUUAUGAUUACAAUAAUUUCAAUGACUGAUUAUUUAUUCUUGAUAUAGUUGUUUUCUUUCAUUUUUUUCCAUUUAUUUUAACCAUUUUGUCUCGAGGAAAAGCCCUGCAUGCUGCAUUUUACUCAGGCCCAACGAGUGGAGCACUGAUAAGUUGUAAUUUACCAUCAAGACCCAACAAGUAGAGCAUCAUGAGACUGUACAAUGGAACAGCACAACAAAGCUAAUCACAAUGGGUCAAGUGUGAUCUCUAGGAGCACCUAUAUGUUUUGAAGUGAAAAAGCAGACUGAAGAUUUGAAGACUUGAAUUCAAGAUUCAGUUCACUGUUGGCUUCUAAACUCACGUUAGCCUGAAACAUGUUUUUGUGUUUUGUGCAAUGAACAAACCACUGUUACAACCAACCCUAAGAAAAUGAAUAUUUUUAAUUACAGAAUUCUUCUAAACUCUGCACUAGUCUCAAUUCAGGCCAUCAGAAGUUCAAUUACAUAACUUUGGACACACCAUGGAAUCCUUAUUUCCAUCAAGAGGGGGAAAAUGUUGGAAUAGUAGUGAUGUCAGUCAUUUAUUUUUAGGUCACAUCUGGGCAAUCAUGAUCAAUUAGUAUGAAAUGACAUACUGAUUGUCAGUGCUGAUGCCAGGUGUGUAAUUAUAAGGCAGGUACAGAGUUGCCAAACCGUUCCCUGCUACGAGCGUUUGUGUAUGUUUUGGUGGGUGUGGUGUUUUUUGAAGGUGAUGUAGUUCUAAAAACUGGUCUGCACGUUGCAACACUCCGUAACAGGGCCUUUACACAGAAACAGAGAUCACUGAGGCUAACUGUGCACUUACAAAACACUUACUCUAUCUAGAUGUUUAUAUUCAACGUGUGUUUAUAUUGUCAUUAACAGUUGCAUUUUCAUUUUCUGGUCAGUGUUGGUUUUCUAAGUUCCCCCAAAUAAUCUUUAGAUAAAAUAUCUUUUGUGCUCCUUGGGAAGAGCUUUGCUUGUACAGUGACUUUCCAUGCACUCCACAAGGAAGUAUUUAAUUGAUGCUAGGAAUCACUUCCUAGGUCAUGCAAAGGACAGCACACACUGCACUAACCUUGAGGGUGGGUCUGGCUAGCACUGUGCAGAUUCAUAGUUUGACAAUUUUUAAAGAUAAUUUAACAAGGACACCAAGCUGAAGAGUGAAAUGUGAAUUCCUCCGUAUGGUGCUUUAUCCCCAUUCCUCUCCACCGCCCCACCCGACGGACGUGAGCAUGUGCUGGAUGAAUGGAACGGGCGAGAGAGGAGCAGUAGAGACAGAGAAGAGCAGCCCACCGAUGAUGCCUGGAACACAGCAGCAAUUAUGCUUUUGUGGACAUAUAGGAGAACCUCCAGGUCUCCACAUAUACCGCUACUCCCUGCUACCAUAUUCUCUCUGCCACUGUCACUUGUGAGGACUUACAAAUGCAACCUUGCAUUUCCUCGACAACAUAUUAAAAUUAAUAAUGGUUUUGGGUCAUGUUUAGUUUCAUGCCUUUUCACUACAAAAUCUUUCUUUUGCGCAUUUGUGGAGCCAAAACAUUCUCCACUACAGUCCAGGAGGAGCCCAAACUGCAGGGUUCAUUGUUUUUCAUGCUCGAGCCUACCCGAUUCAGCUCACUGAUUAGCCAAUGGAUGAGCUGAUUUGGUAUGUAGACGCAGCAGAGCCACUGGUCUGCAGUGCUGGGAUCUCCUCACUGGAAAACAUCACACAGCCCUCAGGAGUUUUCAGUCAGCAAAGAAAAAUAGUGAGAAUUGUUUACAGUUAGGAAAGAAAGCAGAUACAGAAAUAUCAUUGGGUGUUUUUGAAUAAUUUUUGUUUCACAUAGUGAAGAAUUAUGAUUCAACAUAUGGUUUAAAUUUCAUUACUGGAAAAAUAAAGAAAACCGAAACACAAUGGCAUGAUUUGCAUUAAAAAAGAAUCAUGUAUGCUUGUGAAUAAAUUAAGGCGCACACACACAUUCAGUGAUGGCUCUAAGUGCCAUGUUGUGGACCUUCUUAAAAAACGAGUGGUUGUGCUGUGCACUAAGAAGGGCUUUUUGGAUGCUGGAGUAAGACAAAUGCUUCACAUGACAACUCCUCUUUAAGGUCCCUGCAUCAAUCCACUGACCUUUACAGGCAAAACACAAGUGCUGUUGCAGGGGGGUUUUUGGGUUUUUUUUCCCGUUUUGUGGGGUCCCAAGAGUACACUGUGCUGAACAUAUUGUCCUUGAUGCAAAAAUGCAUGCAGGGAAACAUACGCAAGCUUGGCUAGAGCAGCAGAGCCCGACCCCUACCCUGCCCCCAGAAUUUAUACAGCAUCAUUGUUAAACUUUUUUGGUAUCAGUUACUUCUGCUUGAGUUAUUGAGUUAGGGAGUUAUUUUCUUGAUAUUGAUUAUAUUUAUGAGCCUAAUUGUAAAUCCAAUAGGUAAAAUGACUAAUUCAUUAUGUUAUUGUUUUUACAGCUUUUUAAUUUCAUUAAUAGCCCACACUGAUUUCUUUAACAUGAGAUGAUGUAAAAGUUUUUUUGUUUUUUUGUUGUUUUUUUUUAAAGCUGUCAAGUGGUCAUUUUAUUCUUAAUCCAGAACCUGAGAUUCUGUCAUUACUGGUAUUUGCUGAUUAAUGAACACGUUUCCAAAGCUCUCAGCUUUAGUAACACAAUCACAAUGCCAGUUUUCUAUCAAUAACAGUCCUCCUCUUCAACUCAGGGUGGACAUAUGCCUCCAGUCUUGAGAGAGAUUUAAUUAGUACUAAUUAUUAAUAUUUCAGCUGCUUGCCCUGGUAGUUAGCAUACAUGCACUGUCACUUUUCUCUCAUUCUUCUCAAUGAUUUUCUCAUUUUCUAUGUAACCUUUGCCUUUGGAAAAACAUGUGCCAGAACAAUGCGAGCACACUGCAGUGCACAAAUGGCAGGAGUCUUUCUGCGGUAUGUAUUUGAUUUGCUCCCCUGUGCAUCAUGGUAUUGAAUGCCUUUCUGUUGGUUUUGCUUUUUGCUGUAGUUGUAAAUGUUCUUUUUUUCUCUGAUAUUUCUGGGAUACUGCGAUGUCUCUCAAUAAAUUGGGAUGAGAAUGUUUCAGCAAGUUUGUCACAGGAGAGUACAAAAUGGCUGACAUUGUCACCACCACUUAUACAUUG